AUGAGCGUGGAUGUGUCCGAGGCGUCGGCGCAGCUCGCGUCGGUGCUGGCGGAGAUCAACGCGGCCGUGGCCGACGGCUCGCUCUCCCCCGACUUUGCCACCAAGCUCUCUGACGUCUACACCCGCGGGCAUGCUGCGCUCCUCAAGAGCUUUGCUGCCGAGCAGAGCUAUCUCAAAAAGGCCAAGCGGCUCAACCUCGAGCUGGCCGAGCAAAAGGGCCCCGCCGCGGUUGCGGCGGGCGACGGCGGCGUGGGCGACGACGCCGACAACGGCGGCGAUGGCACCAGCGGUGGCGACAAGGCCGAAAAGAAGGAGUCCGGCGUGGAGGCUGCCACCAGGGAGCUUUUGCAGCACAAGCUUGAUCUCGACCUUGCCGAGUCCCGGAUCCAGACGCUCAUGCUCACCAUCGAGCAGCUCGAGCUCGAGCAUGCCGAGGUCAAGGCCGAGUACGAGACGCUGAGGGCGGCCGAGGUGGCCGAAGUCCGACCGGCGUUUGAGCGCGAUCGCAAGGCAGUGCAAGCGCUCGAGAAAGAGGCUACUCAGCGGCGGAGCCAGAUCCAGAACCUCAAGCGGACCAAAGCGCAGCUGCUGGAGGACGCGUCGGCCGCGAUCAAGGCCAAGGCCUCGUACGCCUCGGUCCAGAAGCAGCUCCAGUCGGAGCUCGCCAAGCACCGUGACGAGGCUGCCAACAUCGAGGCUGCCACACGGGUCUUUCGCAAGAACAUGGCCGAGCUCUCGGAAGAGGCCACACGCCGCGACGCCUCCGUCGCCAAGCUCACUGCUGAGGAGGCGCGGCUGCUGAAGGAGCUUGAGGAGGCCAAGACCGAAGCGGCCCAGGCCAAGUUUGCUGCAGCCAACUACGCGUCGACGUACAAGGAAGUUGAGCGCGCAGUAGAGGACGUCGAGUCGGAUUUGACCAAGGCCAACGCGCAAGUCCGCAUUCUCGACGAGCACCUCGCCGACAUGGCGCUUCAUGCCAAGGAACUCUCGUUUGAGGCGACCAAGACGCACGAAAAGCUGACCAAGCUCAAGCGGGAAAAGGCAUCGACGCUCAAAGCGCUGGUGCGGGUCCAGGCUGACGUUGACUCUACCCGCGCACAGACGAUGGAUCUCGAGAUGCAGAAGUCCGAGCUGGCAUCCAAGGUCCGUGCUUUGCAGAGCUCAAUGGACUCUGCCCAAAAGCAGGCAGCCAAGGCGGCGGUCGAGGUCGACUGGUACAUCUACGACUUUUUCAACGAGGAGCUGCUGGGUCAGGCCAAGGCUGCCCAGGUCAAGGCACUGUACGAGGAGAACCGCGCGCUGGAGCGCGAGCUCGCUGCACUGCACACCAAAGAGAAGAGCUUGCUCGCCGUCCAGAAGGACCUGGUGAUGAAGAACGACAACUUGGCGCGGUCGUGCACCCAGCUGGCGUCGCAGCUGAAGGAGGCUGAGGUGAAAAAGGCCAUGCACGCCAUGGCCGUUGCUGACUUUUCAAAGUCGACGACCCAGGUGGCCAAGCGGUACAAGUACUACGAGAAGCUGUUCAACACGGUGAAGAACGAGCGUAACCGGUCGGUCAACGCCCUUCAACAGCUCCACCAGGAGGCCGCAGAGUAUAAGGAGAAGCUCAAGGUGCUGGCAAACGAGAUCGAGAUCCUGCGCGCCGAGAUCACCGCCAAGGACAAGGAGUAUGUGGCCAACAACCUCGCGUUCAAGAACGCGUGCACCCAGCUCGAUGCGCUGACCAUCGAAGUCAACAAGUUUCUGUUCGAGUACAAGAAAAAGCGCGACGCCAUCGACCAGCAGCUCGCCGAGGUCGAGCGGCUCAACUCGGCUAUCAACUCUGCCGAGGCUGCCAUGCUCAAGCUGAAGACCCAGUACGAGGCCGCUGUUGAAGACCGCAACUUUACCGGCAUCCAGCUCAUCGACCGCAACGACGAGCUGUGCAUCCUCUACGAGAAGGCCAACUUUCAGGACCGCGUCCUCCGCACCGGAGAGCUCGAGCUUCGUGACCGCGAAGAAGAAGUCCGCCUGUACAAGCUGCAGCAAAACGAGCUCCAUCGGCGCGUCCAUGCCAAGCAGUCGCUUGUCUCGCGCGAGACCGAGCGGACGCUCCUUGCCGAGAUCGAGCGGUCGACUGCCGAGCUCGAGGCCGAGCAAGCCAAGGUCCAGAAGCUCGCUGUCGAUCUCGAGGAUCCGUCGAACGAGCUUCGUUGGCGGCCGGUGCCCGGGCGCGACCCGACCAAGAAGGAGCUCUACUCGAAGCUCAAGGAGCUCGAGGAGCGGCUGAAUGCCAAGGAAGAGGCGCUGCUAGAAAAGUCGCUGGUGCUGGAGGAGAUCUCGGCGCUCUCGCGCCGGCUGCGGACCAAGGCUGCCGACGGACAAGACGACACACUGGCGCUUGCCAAGCAGGUCAACGAGUUCCAAGCCCGCAUCCGCACAACGACCCGCAAGAUGAUGGCCACUGUUUCGGAGCUCUCGAUGUACCAGGCGACGGCGAUGAAGCUCAAGCAAGAGGUGGCUGAGAAAGAGGGACUUCUCGCCGAGGCCGAUGAGCGCAUCGAGUCCGGCCUCCCGCCCACCGCUGAAGCCGCCCGCGCCUGGUCGCAGCACCUUGCCGCCCAGCGCCGCGCUGCCCUUGCUGCAGCCGGCUCGAUCGAGGGCGACGACGACAUGUACCCCAAUGACUGGGAACCAAAGGAUGGGCCGCCGACGCGGGCCAAGCCGCGGAUCAACGCCUACAUUCCGCACCACACCACCGGCCUCCUCCCCAUUCCGCAGCCGUUCAUGUACCCGCGGUUCGAGCCAAGUGUCACUGGCUCUUCGAUGCGGCAUGUCCGCGCAGCCAGCGAGAACACGCUUGCCCGCGGCGACGGCGACGAGUAAAGUUGGCAAACGCAAA